AUGAACCCUCUCCAAGACGACCUCAUCGCCCUGUCCAAAACCUCCUUCUCCCAAGCAAACAUCAGCAACGAAUCCUCCCUCCGCAGCAUCGCCACCGCCUUCUCAGGCACACCAAUACACACCCUCAUCCACUGCGCCGGCAUCCGCGGCCUCUCAAAAACCGUUCUUGCGCACCAGACAUCCGAAGGCACCCAAGACGUCGCCGCUGCCGAAACACUCCAAGCCACGACGCGCGACAUCCUGCUGGAGACGUUCGAAGUCAAUACCAUCGGCACAUUUAACACGAUAUCCUCCUUCCUGCCCAGCCUCAAACUCGCGCCAAACCCCAGAGUCGUAGUUCUGUCGUCGCGCAUGGGAUCCGUGGCGAGUAAUUCGUCGGGAGGCGGGUAUGCGUACCGUGCGAGUAAAGCCGCGCUCAACGCCGUGGUGAAGAGCUUGAGCAUCGAUGUGCCUGAAGGUGGCAUUCUUGCUACUGCAUCCGGGGCGGGUGGAGACGGGGCUGGUGGGGUGGAAGGAGGAGGGGGCGAUUGGGGUAGAGGAGAGCUUGGGGGAUUGUUUGAGGGUGAUAGGAGGGAUGAGGAUGGGGGAUGGGGUGAGGUUGGUGGAUAG